AUGCGCCGAGCAGUGGUGCUGGCCACUCGCGCCUUGGUGUCCAGCUCGCAGCCGGCAAACUCGUUUACCUGGACAUGCUUGGCUCUUCGGGAUGCCCAGGCAUCGAGUAGCGCGGCCUGGCAAGCUCUGGAGCGGGGACCCUCCGCCCGGUCAUACUCCUGGUGGGGUGGGAAGCAGGCCGAGCCCGUCAGUCCUGCGGCCCAGCCUCUGCUGACCCCGAGUCUGGACGAGGCACCCGGGGCUGGUGUUGACCUGGCAUCGCAGGCCUUGACCCCCAUCGCUGCCGGCCCCUCGUCCUCCCUGCUGGACCCCUCGGCCAUCGUGGACGCCGCCGCGGUGGCGGAGGCGGCCGCCAUCGCGGAGGCCAUGUCCGAGGUCUGGGCCCCCUUCCGCCCCAUCACCUGGUUCUUCAGCGCCACGCACGACGCGGUGGGCGGCCCCUGGUGGCACGCGGUGGUCCUGGCCACGGUGGCGCAGCGCAUCCUGCUGGCCCCCGCCGUGGUCUACCAGACCAUCCACGGCAACCGCCUGCACAAGGCCAAGCCGGACAUGCUGGCCAUGCAGGCGGUGAUGGCGGAGGAGACGGCGCGCGGCAUCCAGACUCCCCCGCUGGUGCAGGCCCAGCGCAUGCAGGCGGUGUACCGCGGGCACAAGACGGGCCCCUUCCGCAUCCUGGUGGGCAUCGCGGCCCAGAUGCCCGUGGCCAUCGGCGUGUUCUCCACCCUGCGCUGCCUGGCCGCGGCGCAGGUGCCCUCCUACGUCCAGGGCGGCGCGCUCUGGUUCCCGGACCUCUCCGCCCCCGACCCGCUCUACCUGCUGCCGCUGGCGGUGUCCGCCUCCUUCGCCGCCGCGCUGCGCUUCGGCAUGGACGGCAUGCAGCAGCCCGACGGCAGCGGGCAGACGGAGGCCAUCAAGACCAUGAUGCGGUGGAUGCCCUGGGUCAUGGGCCCCGCCACCGCCUUCCUCUCCUCCGGCAUGCAGCUCUCCUUCCUGGUCAGCAACGUCAUCGGCCUGGCGCAGUCCAUCCGUGCCUGGGGUGUGCAGGCGGCACCGGGUGGCGGCUGGCACCUCCUGUACACACAUGAUGAGCAGUCAGCAGAGGGCGACAGUUUGGGAGCAGGGUGA